AUGGAGGAGCCGAUGAUGGUGGAUCAGGUGGAUGAGGGAGGCAGCAAGGCGAGGGGCGGAGUGUGUGUGCUGCAGACCAAGACUCACCCCAUUGUGGAGGACUACACCAUCUCCAGCAAUGUGCUCGGCCUUGGGAUCAACGGCAAGGUGGUGGAGUGCUUCAACAAGAAGGACGGCAGGAAGUACGCCCUCAAGGUGUUGAAAGACAGCCACAAAUCAAGAAGAGAGGUUGAUCUCCACUGCCGUGGCUCCACCUGCCCUCAUGUGGUGGCAAUAGUUGAUGUCUAUGAAAAUGUCUACAACAGUCAGAAAUGUUUGUUAGUAGUAAUGGAAUGCAUGGAAGGUGGGGAGCUCUUCCAGCGAAUCCAGGACCGUGCUGACGGUGCUUUCACUGAGCGAGAGGCAGCAUGCAUCAUGAGGGAGAUCUGUGUGGCAGUGCAGCACCUCCACUUACUCAACAUAGCUCAUAGAGAUCUCAAGCCAGAAAACUUGCUCUACACCACUAUGAAUGAUGAUGCCACAUUAAAGCUGACGGACUUUGGAUUUGCCAAGGAAACAUUUUCUAAGGAGUCACUGCAGACUCCUUGUUACACACCCUACUAUGUUGCUCCUGAGGUGUUGGGGCCAGAAAAGUAUGACAAGAGCUGUGAUAUUUGGUCUCUAGGUGUCAUUAUGUACAUCUUGCUUUGUGGAUUCCCUCCAUUCUACAGUAAUCAUGGACAUGCAAUAUCUCCCGGCAUGAAGAAGCGAAUUCGUACAGGACAGUACACAUUUCCCAACCCAGAGUGGGCCAGCGUUAGCCAGGAUGCCAAAGAUCUCAUCAAGGGCAUGCUGCGCACUGACCCUGAGGAGCGCUUCACUAUCUUUGACAUCAUGAAGAACAAAUGGAUUGUUCAAUACACAGAGGUGCCCCAGACUCCUCUGUACACUUCCAAGGUGCUGCGAGAGGAAGGAGACUUGUGGCAGGAAGUUCAGGAUGAGAUGACCCGUUCCCUGGCCACCAUGCGAGUUGACUAUGACACAUUGCAGAUAAAAACACUAGACCAUGCCAAUAACUCUCUCCUCAGUAAACGACGUAAGAAGAUGGACAAAUAGGUAAUGUUGAAUGUGACCAGGUCUUGCAGCCUUUAGGGCACAGAAACAUCUUUGCUGGACAAGAGUUCUGCUUGCACAGUGGCCAUUAUAUUAUCAGCAAGAUGUCAUUUAGCCAUAACUUUUGUUAAAUGAAGAAAGAAAUAUUAUCUGCAGUACAGCACCAGUACACCUCUUAAAGUUUCAGGGGAUUGGCACGAAAAGCAUGGUCACAUUUUAUUGAAGCUUCCAAUGGUUCUUCUUGUCACUCAUUGUAGUUGUUGAAAUUCACAUUUGUCACUCUCAGGUAUCAUGAGGAUCAGCAUUGAAUGGGAAGAGGCCAAUAUAAGGAAACUAGUAUUCUGAUAAUGGUAAUGUCUUGACUGUGGACAAUAUGCAAUGAAUAAUACUGUUAAAUUUUAUAACCAUUAAUGCUCCAUUAAGGUAUAGUUUUACUGAAAGGAUUAAGAAUGGUAACAUUCAUUUUCCAUUUGUUCAUGUGCAUUUGGGCACUGAUGGUACCCAAUAAUGUUGGGAGUGUGAUGUGUGAUGCCAAGGUAGGGAACAGUGUAUUGUUAAUACUGCCACUUCAGAGUGAAAAUAUAGGUGUUUGCUUAUUCAUAUAAGAAAUAUGUGAGUAAUUAGUGUCAGCUCUGGAGACUUGACAGAAUAUGGAACUGCAAAGAUUUUUAACUAAACAUAAGAGAUAAUCUUAUUAGUAACUUGUUAUUUUAUUUGUUAUUUUAAACAUCCUUUUUAUUUUUAUCAAUGUGACAUAUCUAUGAUGUUCUUUAUAAUAUCAGUUAUUUACUUUAUAACACAUCACAAUAAGAGUCAUGCAUGAUCCCACAGUGGAUCAGGGAAAUGGGUUUGUGUGUGUGUGUGUGUGUGUGUGUGUGUGUGUGUGUGUGUGUUUGUGUUUGUAUUUGUGUGUUCAUGUAGGGAUGCUCAUGUCCAUAUGUAUAGAGGUUGUAUGUAUGAAAAACUGUAAACAUUUUAGAUGAAGUGAGAUCCAGUAACUUGAAUUUCUGGCAACAAUUUUUUUCUAUUGAAGAAAAUUUUGAUAAAUGUGAAAGCUACAAAAUGUAAGGUUUGAGUUUGGGAAAAAACCUUAGAUGAGAAUGAUAAUUAUAAUUUUUAUCUCUUUUCUUCUAGAUAUAGAAAGUGAACUAAGUAAAUUGAAAGCACAGAAAUAACUGCAGAGUUGUAACUUAGGUGCUUAGCUUGUAGAAAGUGAGAUUGACCUGAAGUUCUGUUGAAUAAGCCGGGAGGAAGUACUAACAAGAAAUGUCUCAAUGUACAGUACUGUAGGCCACAGUUAUUUUGUAUAUUGUGGGGAAGGGGAACAUUUGUGUUUGCUUCAUGGUUGAGUGAUGGUGUGGCAUUGCCUGUUUUCCAUCUUGGCCAAGGCUAUGACAUUGUUUGGAACACCCAUAUUUGGUAAUUUUGAUUUUUUUUCUCACACCAUUAACAUAGUUUUAUAAUUAGGAUAAUGUUGAAAAGUGUUUGAAGCUGUCAUAAAAUUUAUUUUUACACUGCUACGUAAUUUGCCAAAACAUCAUUUCAAGACGUGUGUGUGUGUGUGUGUGUGUGUGUAAUUCAUGUGAUAGGUUCGUUCUUGAAAAAAAAAAAUUAAAUCCAAUUAUGUAUUAGCCCUCUCAUGCACCACUGUGUGUAUGUAAAUUGAAACAAUACAUAAGGAAUUAAUGUUCUGACUGUAUUUAUAGAAGACUAUUUUAUUUUAAGUUCCUCUCCUUUUUAUUCCCAUUAUUCAUAAUCUGCAUUUUCAAAACUUUGUAUAACAUACCAUUUUGUUUAAGUUUGUGAAUUUUUAGUGGAAAGCCAAAAUUUAUACAUCAUGUUCAAUGGUGAUGGAGCUGCAGUGUUCAUUUACAUCUUUGAGACAGAUGGACUUGAGUGAGUGGCAAGCAACACCAAGCUUAGCUCAAUUGUGGAGCAUUGCAGUAAUGGGAAGAACUUGCCAUUGCCUACAUACUGAUUGAGUCAUGUCUGGGAGCUCACAGAUGUUGCCUGUCUGUGUAGUGUUUCCACUUGACAUAAGUCUUUGGUUCUCAUGGCACCUCUGAGGUCUGCUAUGGCAGUGGAGAAAUCCUCACCAUCCUGCUAAAAAUGGCCCUGGGUGUGGAUGGCCAUGAGAGGAGAUGACAGUUAGAGUGAAAACUGCUGGCUUUGCUCUUGAGACAUUGUGGACACUGUCUCAGCCCAAUCAGCCACUCAGUACCUACUGUUGCUUAUAUUGCCACAUCAUAAGCCCUUUAAUCUGGGCUUGCUUUAGUCACAACCAUCCCAUUGUCUUUGUCAGCUAUCCCCUUGUGAGACAGCUGCUUCUCCAUAGAAUCCUGUCAUAGCCACUCUGGUUUUUAGGCUAAGGAAAGGUUGAUUUCUUACAUAGCAAAUGUGUCACUAUCAAUAUUAGAUAAUCAUUUUUAUUUAGGAAACAGCCAGUUUGAAUGGGUGCUCUUAGCUGGUAUUAUAAGGAAGAUAAUCUUUUGUGGCAGUGAACAUGGGGCAUUCAUACUGGUGUGUGAGAGGGUUAAAGUUUUAUAUGCUGGUGCUCUCACUGCCUCUUGGUGGCAGCAAAUGAUGUGUUAAGAUUCUCUUUAACUCAGGUUUUGAAUGGAGGCUUGCUAGGUAUCCUGCCACAAUAAUGCACAAUAAUUAUGGUGAUAAUAUGCUAACUAUAUAAGGAUAAUAUGAAUGUAAUAUUACUUUGGGAUGGGGUUCUGAUUAAUUUAUACUAAGAAAUUCAUCAUUUCACUAAUUCUAUGGCUUGAAAAAUGAAAGAUGAGAAGUGUUAUAUUUUUAUUGUAAAUAUACAUUGUCUCCACUGAACAGCUGUUUACAUAAGUGUAAUUCUGAUGUCAGCUCACAGGAUGACCUGCAGGACCUGAAAUAGAGAAUAUUAAUCAUGAAUCCCCCCACCAACAGAUUGCAUUCUGUGUAGUGCACUUUGUUAGGCAAACACAGACUCACCAGCACUUUGAUGACUAUACUCAAUUCAUAAGGUUGAAAGUUUUUUAUUUUACAUUAUUUGUUGAACUUCUCAUUGUGUAUCAACCUUAUGUACUUAACUGUGUGUGUGUGCGUGCAUGUGUACAUGCAUGCAGAGGACAGAGCUAUGUAUGUACGUAGUAUUCAUUCCUCCAUUAUUCUUUCAGUAUAUUCCUACAGCUGUCAUAUAUCAUACAUGAACACCACUUAUUCUGGCUGACUUGUUUUCAUGUUUUCUCUUGGUGUCUUGUGCAAAUUCUACUAAUUGUAAUACAAGACAGCUAAAGUCACAUUGUCUAAGUAUCCAUAUUUUAUUGUUAAUAAACACUUUCUUCUCAAGCAGUAGAUAGACAUGUGAAGUGGUAGGGCAGCAGCUCACCAUUGUAGCUGAUGUUCUAUACUUUAUUUAAUGUGUUGUGCUUUCAAAUUUACCACCACAUUUAAAAAUCCCACUGAACUUCCCUCUGUAUAAUUUCUGAAGUUUUAUUACUAUUAUAAAAUAUAUCCAAUAACUCAAUAAUGUAAACAGGAUUUAGGACUCCAUUCCAGAAUUCCAGAACUUUCAAAGCAAAGACUGGCAUCUGAAAGUGCAUAAUGGAAAUUCUCGGCCUUUUUGUUGUUUUGGGUCAGCAUUAAUGCUAACAGUAAGUGUACACCUUUCACCAUUUCUGAUGCCAGAGUGUUGACAUCCUUCAGCAUUACUCAAAAGUAUCUGCUCACUUUAAAUUAUAUUCACUAUAUGUUCAUACCCACAAAAAAAAAAAAAAAACUAUACAAUGCAAGUAUGAAUACCUGAUGGUGUUAGCAUUAUCAAACCAUCAUGUCCCUUGCUACAUAUUUGAAACACAUUUUUUAUUUUCCCAAAACAAACAUUCUUUGAUUGUUUUAUAUACAAAAUUGCCUGUAUUUGCUCCUAAAUAAUGUGCUUACUUUACAUUCUUGACUAAAUACCAAAACAACAGAAAAGUUACAUUUCAAAAUUACUCAACGUGAAUCAUGACACCAUGUGCCAUUCUGUUCUUCCAUUUAACAGUUUGACUCUCUCUCUCUCUCUCUCUCUCUCUCUCUCUCUCUCUCUCUCUCUCUCUCUCUCUCUCUCUCUCUCUCUCUCUCUCUCUGUUACUUACAUAUGUAGAUAUUAGAUAGUUUUUAUCUUGUUACAAAAUUGGGUCUUCACCAGUGCCGGAAUGUUUGAUAAUGAAUUUUGAUGUGUAAGACUAUGAGAUCUGUCCCUCACAGCUUAAGCUUCUGCAAGAUGUGAUCAUAAAGUUCCUUGAGUAUUUCUGGUGCAAACAAACUGAUAAUGAUCAUGCCUGUGGGACAUGAGAAAUCAGUAAUUACAAAUUAAGAGGGUAAUCUGUAAUUAUUUUCCGAGUCAGUGUGCCAUGUGUCAUUGUGCUGUUAUCAUUGGGAUCUGUGUUGCACUUGUUUUUGUGACCAUGUUCACACUCACUUGUAAUUUCAUUGCAAUCCUCAAACCUGAACAGAGAUCCUUGGAAAGAUAUAGCAAAAGUUUGGUGAUGAAGCAGUGGAUGAGUAAAGUGAUAUGAAUAGCACUUAUGUAUCAGUAUCAGCAGAAUAUUACUGAAGGAUUUUAAGUUAGGCUAGUCCUCCAUGAACACAAACCUUGAAAUUUAGAAAAGAAAAAAAAUAUUAGGGAAAGGAAACUACAUCAGGAUCAUUAGAUUAUAGGAGACUCAUCAGCAAAGUUUGCCCACACAAACCAAGAAAGCUCAAGAAAAGUUUUUGUUCCUUGAAAUACUGAAGUUGGUUAUCAAGGCCAAACUGUUUAGGUUUAAGCUCACAAGCCAAACCUUUCAAGUCACCACUGAUCAUAAAAUGACAUAUGUUACAAAGAUUAUGGCUGUAGAGCACAUCACAUGUGUAGCCUUUAUAUCAUUUUGUUUAUUUGUGAUGACAAGCUGAUAGAGCAAAUCAAGUGUGUGGUGGUGAGGCACUGCAGCACCAGUACUCAUAGCACUGCUGCUCCUUGUGGAAAGUAAGCUUGAUAUUGUAAUGAUAAGUUAUUAUCAAAACCCAAAGCAAGCAUUGACACCUUCACUCAUUGAAGCAUUUUGAUUUUUUAGGAAGUAAAAGCAUUUAUAAAAGUAUAACUUGGUGACAUCAGCUGAAUAUGGUAAACUCAACUGUAUAUAUAUAUAUAUAUAUAUAUAUAUAUAUAUAUAUAUAUAUAUAUAUAUAUAUAUAUAUAUAUAUAUAUAUCUCCACUUGUGAUCUGCCUCAUUUCUGGAGCCCAUUCUUAGCUCUAAAAGCAAUAACAUUAAUAAUGAAAAUGAUAAUGAUGGUCUUAAUCAUAAUGACAAUAACAAUAGUAGUAGUAGUUACUAGUAAUAGUAAUAAUAAAUAUAAAUAUAAUUAUAAUUAUAAUAAUAAUAAUAAUAAUAAUAAUAAUAAUAAUAAUAAUCAUAAUAAUAAUGAUAAUAGCAACUCUACAGUGAGUAGUUCAGAAUAAAAACUUGAGAAAACAGGCCAGUGAUGCCAAAGAAAUGGCAUUUCAAGAAGCAUUAUUGGAGUCCUUGAUCCUGACAGUUUAGAAUUAAAUGACUAGUGUCACACACACACACACACACACACACACACACACACACAUAUAUAUAUAUAUAUAUAUAUAUAUAUAUAUAUAUAUAUAUAUAUAUAUAUAUAUAUAUAUAUAUAUAUAUAUAAAGACAAUAGUCAUAUAAUAUCAUGCCCAAGGCACAGCUAAUCCUUUAUAUGAACUGUUAUAUUGAUAAUGAUGGCAGGUGGCCUGUACAGCAUUGUGGAAUAAGAAAGGGACUCGCAUUAUUUUGUAGAUAUUCAUACUGAUGUGAUGGUCAAGUUGUUGUUUUUUUCCUUUAGAAUGUGAAUACAUCAACUGUGUAAUCCGUAUAAAACAUUUUCAUCCUUAUUACAAUUUUUAAAUCAGGUUUUCAAUAAUGAAUUUGCUUGGAUCAGUUGUGGUAGAAUUCAAGAGUUUUGACAAACAAAUAUUUGACCAGCAACAUAACAUUCCUCUCCAUGAAACAUGUUUAGUGUUCUCUCCCACUGUAUACUCUUUAAGAUGGUGGCCACAACUCGUGAGACAAGUGAAAAUACUCAUCCUGGUGUUAUGGUAAUGUCUAUUACUCUUUUAAGUUUUCAAGUAUUUCUGUCACCAAAGGGGUAAUUCCUAUCAAGAUUUAGGUAAAUGAACAAGUCUAUGUAACUAAACAUGAGUGAAUGACUAAAAACAUCUCAAACUUAUCAAUGCCUUGCUGUCUUCUAAAAUAAAAUUGCCAGGUAGUUUGUCUUACUUCACAAAGCCGAUGAAAACUAGUAGCUGUGAAUCUUAAUUUUUGUUUACCACACCCAUGGCCUUUCCUCACUGCCUAUUGAUGUACAAACAAAACAGUACCUAUGAAUGGGUGUAUCAACUGCUUGUAUUUUUUCUCUAGUGUUUCUUACUUUUGGUCUCACCACCUUAUCUUAGAGGCAUGUAUGGUAUCUCUAUGUAUUUCUUUUAUGUAUUUAUUUUUUAUUUUAUUUUAUUUUAUUUUAUUUUAUUUUAUUUUAUUCUAUUUUAUUUUAUUUAUUUAUUUUUUUUUUUUAAUUAGGGGUUGACUGAUUUUUAAUGGCUUGCAUCUAUGCUGCUGCUGCUGCUGCUGCUGUUGCUGCUGCUGCCUUGGGUCCUCUCAAAAUGACCCUUCACUUGCCUGUGCACAUUUAAUUAAUUCAACUUUCCCAUCCUUCCUCCCUCCCUCUCCAGGUCUUUCUGUCACCUACAAUUACCUUCAUCUUCUCCAUCUUCUUUGUGAUCUUACUGUCUCCCACUCAUUAGAAUCACCUCAGAAUUUGUCACACUUAUGUCUAAUUUAUCUUGGACUGCAAAUAGACAGAUACUUUACCAGUUAUGUAUGUAGCAAGUGUGCGAUUUGAGGGGAAGCAGAUUUCUAAACAAGGAGAAUGCAUGCAAGUAUUAAUAUAUGUUUUUUUUUUGUAACAUCAUCAUAACACCAGAAAUUAUUUAAUAUAUAAAGAAUGUCUACAUUUAGUUGUAAAGCAUUUAUAAAAAAUUAUAUUCAAUAUUAUUUUUUUUUUUCCAAUUACAUUAGAUGAUAAUUGGUCUCUUGUGAUCUGCUUGCUCUCAGAGGCUACUGCUUGCAAAGGAAACAACUUUGACAAACAAUUACAAAAAAUAAAAACUUACAAUGAGAAUGUAGGGGAAACUUUUAAAAUGAGGUAAAUGGUCUUGUUCCUGUAUAUGAACAAUGCAUAUUCAUGUUGAAAAUGUUGUUGCAGUAGGGCAUUCCCAGCUAUGCUUUGUUUUACCAGUGAGUAUGAUAUUUACUGUUUUAUCAACAAAGAGAUGCUGAGUGUCUAUCUGUCAAAGGAGGCUGUUUGUUUACCACAUGUCAGCUCUGCACUUUGGUGUGUGAGAUGUGGAUAAGAGAUUUCUGCUGCAUGUCAUAAACUUCAUAUUCCUUGUAUUUUGAAAACUUAAGAAAUAGAUACAAGUCCACUCAAAAAAUAAUUCAAGAUGUGUUAUGUCCAUUCCUUCUGAGAUACCAAUACAUGAUGCAAUCCAAAAGUUUUAGAAUCCAUUAUAUAAUAAAGUAAUACCAACUUUCA